GAUAGAGGAGAGAUAAUUUUCAGUCGUGCGCGGUGGGAGGGGAGAUUUGUGCAGUCAAACAGAAGAAGCAGUAGACGAAGAGGAGAAAAAAAGUAGGAAAUCUCUGCAACCUCUGGAGUCUCAUUCAGCACCGCUCGCUCCUGGACAGCGUCUGAGCGGCGGAGUUGAUCGAGAAACAGGGGAUUUGUUCAAACAUCCAAUCUGGGAGUAACACUGCAUUUAAACGGGGCGCUUAAUUUUCUUCACGACUUACAAUCCACAUUGGCAUGUUCACUUCCCACACCUGUCAUGCUCUUCUUUUGAAUUGAAUCUGUGCGGCAAGCAGCGUUUCAAUAGCGAGGGAGUCCAGAACUGACUGGAGCUGGUGCCGCCAAACAAAGACGCUGGAAGAAAAAGAAAGAAACCUGGACGGCAUCACAGCUCGCAGAAGUUCUUCUCCUCCACUUUGGGCUCACUUGUAUCAGGAAGAUUUAAAGACAAUGGUUGGAGAUUCAGGCCAGGAGUGUAUUCCCUUGCGGACAGCUUCAACAUCAGGCACCCACUGUGGAGCCCACUGGCUGGCCUUGUAACUUUCUGCCUGUUUGACACACCAAGAGGAAAGCUAAAUGCACCUGAGUGAUUCUGGAGAACCAGAGAAGAGAGGCAAGCUUCCCACCUUUGUUCUUGCCUUAUGAGAGCUGCUCUCUGUGGACUCCACCUCAGAACACUCUGCACUGUUUAGUUACUGCAUGUAUCCACAACUCUAAGGUGCAGGAAAAGUGAGUGAAACACAAAGAGGAAAGAAGAAAGGGUAAGAGAUAAAGAGAGCACAGCUGCAUAAUUAGUAUUAGCGAAUUUGUUGCAGAGCUAGAAACCAUGAGAAGAGACUUCUGAAGACAACUGUGCUCUGAAAAAUAUUGCGGCUAAACCUUCAGGACAUUUGUAUGUGUGUGUGGGUAUAUGUGUGCACACCUCUUUCAUUUUCAAAGGACUUGAAUUUGUAUUUGGAUGCGGAUUUAGCCUUUCAUUAUGACUCUGCAAAGAGGCUUUGAGAGAGCAUGGAUUGGCUGCCACAAAGGUGUCUGCUGCUGGGUGUUGCUGCUGGCUUGUUAUGUCUUGAUCUCCUUGGCUGCCAAACCGAAAAUGCCGGGCCAUACACACCUAAACUCAAUACGCAUUGAUGGGGACAUAUCCCUAGGCGGGCUGUUUCCGGUGCACGCGAGGGGAAAUGACGGCAAAGCUUGUGGAGAGCUGAAGAAGGAGAAAGGAAUCCAUAGGCUGGAGGCCAUGUUAUUUGCCCUGGAUCGUAUCAAUAAUGACAAUGAGCUGCUGCCUAAUAUCACUCUGGGGGCACGCAUACUAGACACCUGCUCACGGGACACCCACGCUCUGGAACAGUCGCUGACAUUUGUUCAGGCACUGAUUGAGAAAGACUCAACUGAUGUCAAAUGUCUCAGCGGAGGGCCGCCCAUCAUCACUAAGCCCGAGAGAGUGGUGGGAGUAAUUGGUGCAUCUGCCAGCUCCGUGUCAAUCAUGGUAGCCAACAUUUUGCGUCUCUUCAAGAUCCCUCAGGUGAGCUACGCUUCUACAGCUCCAGAGCUGAGUGACAACACCCGCUACGACUUCUUUUCCCGUGUGGUGCCUCCAGACACAUACCAGGCACAGGCGAUGGUGGACAUUGUCAAAGCUAUGAACUGGAACUAUGUCUCUACUGUCGCUUCAGAGGGAAACUAUGGAGAAAGCGGGGUUGAUGCAUUUAUUCAGAAGUCCCGAGAGGACGGUGGUUUGUGUAUUUCCCAGUCAGUGAAAAUACCACGUGAACCAAGACCUGGAGAGUUUGACAAGAUUAUCCGGAGGCUGAGUGAGAACCCCAAUGCUCGAGUAGUCAUUAUCUUUGCCAAUGAGGAUGACAUCAGGCGUCUCCUUCAAGCAGCUAAGAAGGCCAAUCAGACAGGCCAUUUCAUCUGGGUAGGUUCAGACAGCUGGGGAUCCAAAAUUUCACCAAUACUGCACCAAGAAGAAAUGGCAGAGGGUGCUGUCACCAUUCUACCCAAACGACAGUCCAUCAAAGGUUUCGAUCGCUACUUCAUCAGCCGAACGCUAGAGAAUAACAGAAGAAAUAUCUGGUUUGCAGAGUUUUGGGAGAAUAACUUCCAAUGCAAGCUCAGUCGUCAUGCUAUGAAGAAAGGAUCUGGUAUCAAAAAAUGUACAAACCAUGAGCGGAUCGGAAAAGAUUCAUCCUAUGAACAGGAGGGGAAGGUCCAGUUUGUUAUAGAUGCAGUGUACGCAAUGGCUCACGCUCUACAUAAUAUGCACAAAGACCUCUGUCCUGGAAAAGUUGGCCUUUGCUCCAAGAUGGACACUAUCAACGGCACACUGCUUCUCAAAUAUAUCCGCAGUGUCAACUUUACAGGAAUUGCUGGCACCCCUGUGGUCUUCAAUGAGAAUGGAGAUGCUCCUGGUCGUUAUGAAAUCUACCAAUACCAGAUAACAAAAAACACCACAGAAUACAAAAUCAUUGGUCACUGGACAGAUCAACUCCACCUAGACACUAAUGACAUGCAGUGGCCUGGUGAAACACAAGAAGUCCCUUCCUCUAUAUGCAGUCAACCCUGUCGUCCCGGGCAGCGCAAGAAGACAGUGAAGGGAAUUCCUUGUUGUUGGCACUGCGAGAAUUGUGAUGGUUAUCAGUAUCAGGCAGACAAUUACACCUGCAAGAUGUGCCGCUUUGAUUUGCGUCCCAAUGACAACCACACUGGCUGCGUUCCCAUUCCCAUUGUCAAGCUAGAGUGGAGCUCACCAUGGGCCGUGAUACCAGUCCUCAUUGCAGUCUUGGGGAUUAUGGCCACUCUGUUAGUGGUUGUAACCUUUGUGCGUUACAAUGAUACACCAAUUGUUAAGGCAUCUGGUCGAGAACUUAGCUAUGUGUUGCUGACAGGUAUCUUUCUGUGCUAUGCUACAACAUUCCUUAUGAUCUCUGCUCCCGAUGUGGUCGUAUGCUCACUGCGAAGGAUUUUCCUUGGUCUGGGUAUGAGUAUAAGCUAUGCAGCACUGCUUACCAAGACAAAUAGGAUCUACAGGAUUUUUGAGCAGGGCAAGAUGUCGGUCAGUGCCCCUCGAUUUAUCUCCCCAGCCUCGCAGUUAGUUAUCACAUUUAGUCUGAUAUCAGUGCAGCUCCUUGGAGUGUGCAUCUGGUUUGGUGUUGACCCAUCACAAGCCAUCAUAGACUAUGAAGACCAGCGCACAGCAAAUCCCGACAUGGCCCGUGGCGUUUUGAAAUGUGAUAUAUCAGACCUGUCUCUCAUCUGUCUGCUGGGUUAUAGCAUGCUUCUGAUGGUCACCUGCACAGUUUACGCCAUCAAGACUAGAGGGGUUCCAGAGACAUUCAACGAGGCCAAGCCUAUCGGCUUCACAAUGUACACCACCUGCAUUGUGUGGCUUGCCUUUAUCCCUAUCUUCUUCGGGACCUCACAAUCGGCGGAAAAGAUGUACAUCCAGACUACAACCCUAACCAUCUCUAUAAGCCUCAGUGCAUCGGUCUCUCUGGGUAUGCUCUACAUGCCCAAAGUCUACGUGGUUCUUUUCCAUCCAGAGCAGAACGUACCCAAGCGCAAACGCAGCCUAAAGGCUGUGGUCACUGCAGCCACCAUGUCCAACAAGUUCAACCCUAAAGGUGGCCUGAGGCCCAACGGAGAGGCCAAAUCUGAACUUUGUGAAAGUCUUGAAACACAAGAUUGUGUUGAGGGAGGGGAGCCUUGUGAGGGACUUUAGACUCUCAGUGUUGGCCUCAAAGCAGACAUACAUAAGCUACAGUAACCAUGCCAUCUAAGACCGAGAUGAGCCGUGGAAGAGGAGAAAAGGCCUGCCUGAGGAAAAAUCACCUGAUUCUGGGGGCAUAUUGGGGAUACACUGGAGAACUUUCAAGCUGCUACAUCAGAGGAUUGGGGUGGAAAGAUGGGAAUUUGUCACUCCAAAGGAUGUCAUAUUUUUUUUAUGGAAUCAUGUAAAGGCUUGGAUGCAAAUUUUAUGAUAAAUUAGUAGCUUGUAGGAGUGAGAGAAGAGAUGUAAGGGAGCUUGGACAGUUAAUUUUCCUCUUCCCACCCUGAGCAUUGAUCAGUGACGUUUCCAGAUGCAGGCUGAAUGAACCACCUGGAGCCUACAGAUUUUUUUUUUUUUUCUGAAGUGUAUAGAGCACAAGUUCAGUUCUCUCUGAUACUGAAUUGUUUGUCUCAUUUCAGUAAAAACAGGGGAAAGCAUUCUGUUUUUAUCAAAUGCAGCUGAUGAAAUGAAGUGGUGUAAAAAUAUAAUAGUUAUUUUUGGUUACAGGUGUAUUUGGAGUUGAAAGCUGCAGUACUCUUCAGACUGUACAUGCCUUACGACAGUACACUCAGUAUUCCUACAUGAACUAAAUAUAUCUGAAACACAUGAAAAUAAAGCAGUGGGUCUCCCCAGUAGUUUUUUUUUUUUAACUGUUUCAUAAUAAUGAGGACACCACCAUUUUGGCAAUCCUAGUGUACAGUCCCAGAGCAUGCUUAUGGGAGCAUCACGUGUACUGUGCUGUGUUGUCAACGUCUAUGGAAUGCAACAUUUGUCAUCGUUGUCAUUCACAGUGGAGAUGUCAUUUUUGGGGUAUCCCUCUGCUGAACGAAAAGAAAUCAAACAAACCAAACACAAAUUGCCAUGCAAUAGCUCUAUGGUUGACAUCACAUUCCAUAAAUGUCAGUCAGGACUUGGACACUUGACUGUAAACAUCUGAGAUUAAGGGGCUCUUAUUUAUCAUGCACCUAUUGAAGCCUUUUGAAAGACUGUCAAAAUUUCACUUGCAGCGUUAAAAGUAAUUGACAAAUUUAGCCUAAAAGAGUCUUGAUUAAAAUUCAAUAAGAUUGUAAGACUUGUAAUUAAGACUGUAUACUCUGUACCUUAAUGCAGGGUAUUGUGAUAUAGUAGAUUUUUAAAGAAAAAAAGACAACAACAAGCUGUUGUCAUGCCAGACAUAUUGUUAUUAAAGCCUGACAACAUAUGAUAA